GCGGCGCGGCCGAGCGUGACGGGGAGGGCGGGAGCGAGCGGAGCCCGCAGCGAGCAGCGCCCGGGCCGCCGCCGCCUCCGCCUGCGCAGCGCCCGCACCGAGCCCGCAGCGCCAUGGCGGCCGCGGCCGCCGAGCCCAGCACCGGCCGCUACCAGCAGCUGCAGAAUGAAGAGGAGCCGGGCGAGGCCGUGCCCGUGGUGAACGACGCCCCUCCGCCCUACAGCAGCAUUUCUGCAGAGAGCACAGCUUACUUUGACUACAAGGAUGAGUCGGGGUUCCCGAAGCCGCCGUCCUACAACGUGGCCACCACCCUGCCCAGCUACGACGAGGCCGAGAGGAGCAAGGCUGAGGCCACCAUUCCCCUGGUUCCUGGCAGGGAUGAUGACUUUGUGACACGGGAUGACUUUGAUGACACUGACCAGCUGAGGAUAGGAAAUGAUGGCAUUUUCAUGCUGACUUUCUUCAUGGCAUUCCUCUUCAACUGGAUUGGAUUUUUCCUGUCUUUCUGCCUGACUACUUCAGCUGCUGGACGAUAUGGGGCCAUUUCUGGCUUUGGUCUGUCUCUUAUUAAGUGGAUCCUUAUUGUCAGGUUCUCCACCUAUUUUCCUGGUUACUUUGAUGGCCAGUACUGGCUUUGGUGGGUCUUCCUUGUACUAGGUUUUCUGCUGUUUCUCAGAGGAUUUAUUAAUUAUGCAAAGGUUAGGAAGAUGCCAGAUACGUUUUCCACUCUUCCCAGAACCAGAGUUCUCUUUAUUUACUGAAGAUGUUUUCUGGCAAAUGUCUUCCUGCAUUAGUGAAAUCCCCCCCAAGAAGCAGCAGGACACCUGCAGGAAGUGAAUCAAGGCUCUGGAGCAGAAGAAAAAAUAAUCACCUGCUUUAAAAUAAAUAAAUAAAAGUACUGUUGGAAAAAGAAAAAAAAAGGAGAAGCAUUUCUUUCGAUUUGUUUUUAGGUGUAAAAUUUGAAUAAUUAACGCAGAAUUCUGUAAUUGUUGACUCAUUAGUGGCUGAUGUUUGGAGCAGCUCUCGCAGUGGGUCAGCCCGGGUGGAGCUGGGGCAGCAGCAGCCCCGGGGCCAGCAGGGGCCAGCCUUGCUUUAGCUCCUGCUGCAGCCUGGAGCUGCCUGCGCUGGCCAGAGUGACAUCUGGGCUGUGUGUGACACCCCGUGCUGGGCAGAGUGUGACACUCUGUGCUAUGCAGUGUGUGACACCAUGUGCUGUGCAAUGUGUGACACUGCCCUGCACAGUGUGUGACACCCUGUCCUGUGAAAUGUGUGACACUGUGUCUUGGACUGUGUGUGACACCCUGUCCUGUACAGUCUGUGACACCCUGUCCUGUGAAAUGUGUGACACUCUGUGCUGUGCAGGGUGUGACACUGUGUCCUGUUCCGUCUGUGACAUUGUGUCCUGGACUGUGUGUGACCCCCCCUGUCCUGCACAGUCUGUGACACACCCUGUGCAGUGUGUGACACCCUGUGCAGCGUGUGACACCCUGUCCUGUGCUGUGUGUGACACCCUGUGCAGUGUGUGACACCCUGUGCAGUGUGUGACACCCUGUCCUGUGCAGUGUGUGACACCCUGUGCUGUGCUGUGUGUGACACCCUGUGCUGUGCUGUGUGUGACACCCUGUGCAGUGUGUGACACUGCCCUGUGCAGUGUGUGACACCCUGUCCUGUGCAGUGUGUGACACCCUGUGCUGUGUGUGACACCCUGUGCAGUGUAUGACACCCUGUGCAGUGUGUGACACCCUGUGCAGUGUAUGACACCCUGUGCAGUGUGUGACACCCUGUGCUGUGCUGUGUGUGACACCCUGUGCAGUGUGUGACACUGCCCUGUGCAGUGUGUGACACCCUGUCCUGUGCUGUGUGUGACACCCUGUGCAGUGUGUGACACUGCCCUGUGCUGUGUGUGACACCCUGUGCUGUGUGUGACACCCUGUGCUGUGUGUGACACCCUGUCCUGUGCUGUGUGUGACACCCUGUGCUGUGUGUGACACCCUGUGCUGUGUGUGACACCCUGUCCUGUGCUGUGUGUGACACCCUGUGCAGUGUGUGACACUGCCCUGUGCUGUGUGUGACACCCUGUGCUGUGCAGUGUGUGACACUGCCCUGUGCAGUGUGUGACACCCUGUCCUGUGCUGUGUGUGACACCCUGGGCUGUGUGUGACACCCUGUGCUGUGUGUGACACCCUGUCCUGUGCAGUGUGUGACACUGCCCUGUGCAGUGUGUGACACCCUGGGCUGUGUGUGACACCCUGUGCUGUGCAGUGUGUGACACCCUGCCCUGUGCAGUGUGUGACACCCUGUGCAGUGUGUGACACCCUGUCCUGUGCAGUGUGUGACACCCUGGGCUGUGCAGUGUGUGACACAGUGUCCUGUGUGUGACACCCUGCCCUGUGCAGUGUGUGACACCCUGGGCUGUGCAGUGUGUGACACAGUGUCCUGUGUGUGACACCCUGCCCUGUGCAGUGUGUGACACCCUGGGCUGUGUGUGACACCCUGUGCUGUGCAGUGUGUGACACCCUGGGCUGUGUGUGACACCCUGUGCUGUGCAGUGUGUGUGCCCUGAGUCCCGUACAGCCCAUGGAACUCCAUGUCCUGUACAGUCCCCACGUGUCACAUCCUGCACAGCCCGUGUGCAUCAUGUCCUGUACAGCCCAUGGAACUGCAUGUACUCAGUGUCCUGUCCAUCCCGUGUGCUCCAUGUGCAUCAUGUCCUGUCCAUCCCAGUCCAUCCCUGUCCCCCAUGUCCUGUCCAUCCCUGUCCUCUGUGUCCUGUCCAUCCUGUGUGCUUCAUGUACAUCAUGUCCUGUCCCUGUCCAUCUCUGUGCCCUGUGUCCUGUCCCUGUCCCCCCUGUCCUGUCCAUCCCAGUCCAUCCCUGUCCCCCGUGUCCUGUCUGUCCAUCCCUGUGUCCUGUCUGUCCAUCCCUGUCCCCGUGUCCUGUCUGUCCAUCCCUGUCCCCGUGUCCUGUCCAUCCCUGUGUCCUGUCUGUCCAUCCCUGUCCCCGUGUCCUGCCUGGCAGCACAGGGGUGGCUCCAGGGCUCAGGUGACAGCAGGGGUGGCUGUGCUCCUGCAGUCCCCCAGCACCCAGGGGGCUGUGGAGGAAAAGGGGUCACUGCAGUCCAGACUCCAAGGUGUCCUUGGGAAUUUAGAGGCACAAGUAUUAACUUUUAACAGUCUUUAUUCUCGGUGUUGUAGUAUCCUUUCCUUUCGCACCACCAACUUUUUGGGCUCUCCAGGGGUUUUCACGGAACAAGUCUGUAGUGUAAAACUAAAAGAUCAUGUUGCAACUUUGUAUAAAAACCAUCUUGCAAAACAAAGGCCUUUUUUUUUCUCUUUGGCUUGGGACUUUUGAGACAAUUCCUAACAUACCUGUAAUUCUUGCUUUUAUAAUUUGUGUUAGCAGAGACUCUGAUGCGUUGGAAAUGUAGAUUUAAUGUGCACUCCUGUGCUUUCUGCCAAGUGGUCAUUCACUUUGGAGUUUUACUAUGUUCAACCUGUAAAUACAGCAGAACGUCAAUAAAUGUCACUUCUGUAGCAA